AUGGAUAAAUGGUUAAUGAAAGGCCAAAACAAAGAAGAUAAUCCUAAGCUUGAACGUAAAAGGAAACCCGAAAAGGAAACAUCAGAGGCUUCAACUUCUAGUAUAGAAGUAGAAUAUGCUGUUCCCAUUCCCAGUUCCAGUUUGACUUCAGUGGGCUUGGCAACAAGUGAGUCAAAUAAUCCACAAACUAAAAAAAUAAAACGCCUGAAUAAAUUUAAUGAUUUAUGGCUUCAAGAACCAAACUUCUUGAGCUGGCUAUGCAAAGAUUCGAAAAUGAAAGAUGGAAAUGAUUUAGCACACUGUAUGCUUUGUUCGGUGUCGAUCAUAGCGCAUAAAAGUGAUCUGAUUCGACAUAUGAAUUCAGAUCGCCAUAAGAAAAAAUCAUUAGAAAUACAGAAUAUUCCAAAAAUUUCAAAUUAUUUGCCAGUGAUGGAUUUAGAAAUAAAUGUACGAAAAGCUGAACUAAAAUUAGCCGGAGCGUUGGCUGAAAAUAAUAUACCAAUAUCAUUUAGCGACAUCUUGGGCCCACUCUGCAAAGAGAUUUUCGCAGACUCAGUUAUAGCUAAAAAUAUGAAUUUACACAGAACCAAAGCGACGGCUAUAAUAAAUAAUGUUUUAGGAAACACAUUUUUAGAGGAUAUAUAUGAAAAAUUACGCGGAGAAAAAAUCUUCUUUUCAUUAAUAAUGGAUGAAACGACUGAUCAGAGCUCUUUAAAACAAUGCUGUUUUACUGCUGUUGUCUAUGAUGAGAACACCAAUAAGGUAGAGCAUUUGUUUCUGGAUAUGGUGGAAUUGUCAUCAGGAACUGCUAAGGGACUGUAUGACUGUUUACAUCAAAUGCUUCGAAAUAAAAACAUAUCGAUAGAAAACAUGGUAGGGUUUAGUUCAGAUACCACAAACGUGAUGGUUGGAGAACAUUGCUCUGUUUUUGCUCUUCUUAAAAAAGAUUUGCCUCACAUUGCUCUGGUGAAAUGUUCUUGUCACAUGAUACACCUAUCAUCAUCUAAAGCUUGUCUUAAAUUGCCUCGAAACGUUGAAGAUUUUUUGCGUUCUGUUGGAGCUCACUUCAGUAGAAGUUCACAAAGACAACUAAAAUUUAGAGAGUUUCAAGAAUUCUUUCAAGUGGAGAUUCACAAAAUUCUCACACCAGCUCAAACUCGAUGGCUCUCGCUGAAAGCGUGUAUAGACCGUGUCUUAGAGCAGUAUACUCCAUUAAAAGCCUACUUGACAGAAACAGUCUUCUCAGAUCCGUCGAAGACUACCGAAGAAAUGCUGAUUACAAUGAACAACCAAUUCACUGUGGUAUAUUUGGAGUUCAUGUCUUACGUACUUGCACUGGCUGGAGAAAGUAUUGAAAUUUUAAAAAAUGACGAAAAUGUACCUCGUGUUGCUAUUGCAGAUUUCUAUAGAACCUACCAGGAGUUUUAUAUUGAAUUGACGUCAGAUAUUACCAAGCGAUUUGAUUUUGGGGAUCCUCUAUUUUCUAUUAUAUCCGCUGUAAAUCCAUCAGAAGCUCAACAGUUUCUAAUUAAAUCACUUGUGCCUGUGCUGAAGCGAUUUCCAGUGCUUUAUAAAUUUGUGACCGCACAAAAAUUAGAUGACGAGUGGCGAACUCACGCUUUGUUAGAUUUUGAGCAACAUGGGCUUGAAAUUCAUGGAGAUAACAUCAAUGCCGAAAGUUACUGGGGUAAAGUAUUUCGCCUUAAAAAUGCUGCGGGAGAAUACAUGUUUCCAAACAUAAAAAUUGUUAUGUCUUUGUUGCUCAUAUUGCCAUUUUCAAACGCGUCGGUAGAAAGAAAAUUUAGUGCGCUUCGAUGUUUAAAAACAGAAAAUCGCAAUCGGCUAAAUACAGAAAUAUGCAAUGAUGCAAUGGCUUCUAUAACAGUAGGUGAUAACAUUAUUGCUGUAAUAAAGGACUUAAACAUAGACUGCUACGAUUAUUCUAACCACAAUAUCGUUGUAGUUGAAUCUAAUGAUAACAAUGACAGGAUUUCUGACAUCAUUAUAUCAUAUAAUUGUAAAUAUUUAGCUGUAAUAACAUCAACCUCCAAGCAACUUAUUGUGUAUGAACUGCCUUUACUCACAAAAAAGAAACAGUAUAUACUUCCCAGGACUGGAAGUAAAAUACGAUUCUCAGCAAGAGGUGACCAAAUAUUUGUAGCUGACAAAAGUGGUGAUGUACUUAUGUAUGAUAUAACAAAAGAAGAUGAUGGAAUUAAACUCUUAGGUCAUUUAAGUUUAUUACUUAAUGUUCUACAAACAAAUAACUGUAAAUUUUUAAUUUCAUCUGAUAGAGAUGAAAAAAUUAGAGUGUCUUGUUACCCAAAUACAUAUAAUGUUCAAACCUAUUGCCUUGGGCAUAAAGAAUUUGUGAAUCAUAUAGAACUUUUACCUCAUGAUGAUAAUUAUUUAACAAGUACAUCUGGUGAUGGCACUGUCAAAUUUUGGAAUUAUGCAGAGGGAAAACUGUAUUACAGUAUCAAUACAUUCCUUGACAUAAGUGAUGAGAAACUAAAAGAAAAUUUUGCCAAAUUGAUGAUAGAAGAUGGAAUUGAAGUGAAUACUUUGCCUAUUGUACACUAUGCAAUUUCAAAACUAAAUGAUUCAUGUAGCAUUUUAGCUGUGGCUGUUCACACAUUUAAUCAAAUACUCAUUUAUAGUGUUCACACAAGAAAUCAAUGUUUUGAACAUAAACUACAUGAAAAAUUGGAAGUGCAACAAUUCCCAGCUUCUUUCAAGUUUUAUAAUAAUUGUUUGUUUGUGUAUAAUGCUGUUGAUAGUAAUGUUCAAAUUUUUAAAAUUAAAUAUGAAAAGUUAAGUAUCUCACUUGAAAUUGGUGAAAAAGUUCAAAUGUUUUUGCAUAACAAAUUAAAUGCUAAUAUUAAUUUAGAAAAUAACCUCUCAAUUAAACUUUUAUAUAAAAGAAAAUUUGACAGUGUACAAGAGUAUCGAGAAAGAAAAAGACAAAGAUUGGAAAAGGUAUGA